CAUGAACUUGAUUUCUUAGGUGAUGCCUGGAAGGCCUUAAUAGAUACAGCUGGAACGUUGAUACGAGAAUAUGAUCAAGAAGCUGUAACAUCACUGAACAAAUUUGUUGAUCAGCUGCCAUUAGUCAUGAAUCAGGUGACUCAGGGUACAUCGGAGUUCAGGCCUACACCCUCUGAAAACCGUGAAUUAUUUAAGAACUCGUACAAUGUCCCUAAUACAUUACUGGUAUUUUCUUGCCCCAUGGGAGUGUAGUACUAUUAUUGUGAUGAGACAGACAUUGUUGAAGAUAUCUUGAGACCUCGAAUUGAAUCUAUAGGCGGUACUCUAGAGAAGGUGACUUUAUCGGGAAAUCAUCUUACCCCAUGUAUUCAGGACAUAAAAUGGCAAGUGGGAUAUCAGUACACUCCAGCAGAUGCUCUCGCCCAGGGUUUAAAAUCUCUUUCGCUCAACGACACAAGAAUACUCGCAAAGACCAUAGCAGAUUGGCUCAAAGGGCUCAACAAGCGGUGAUUUGGUCUAUCAUCAGCUUUUUUGGUAUGUAGUUCUCUAAUCCAAUGUUAUAAAUGAAAGCGUAAGGAACUGAUGGUGAAUUCUUGUUAAUAGACCUGUUGUUAUCUGGAGUUGAUUCUUCAUAGGAAACUUCAAAUUGUUCCAUAGAAGUUAUACAGUGAACUCCAGCUCCUAUUACAUUC